AUAUUUUCUUAUGCAGUUCAUCCAAAUCCUUAUUUCGGUCGCCUCAGAGGCAAUCAAACUUGAAAUGUCUUCGCCUGUUUUCUCAAGUCGUGUUGUAAAAUUAGAUGGCAUUAAGUUUGAUCACAAAGAUUUUUUAGGGAAAGGUGGUUAUGGCUCAGUGCUUCGUGAUGGCUCAUUUAAAGGUCAAAAGGUAGCAAUAAAAAGAAUCGAGGUGAUCAAAGACAUGGAUCUAUCGAUGGACGACCAGUUUAAAACUCUGUCGCAGUUAGAUCAUCCGAAUGUUGUGAAACUUCUUCACUGUGAAGACGACAACGACUUUAGGUACUAUACAUUAGAAUCAUGUGUCGCCUCGUUAGGUCAACUGUUCUUGAAGUCAGAUGACUCUCAAAAAUACAAUGGACACAUGCCACAUCAUGUCGAAGCACUGCUUCAAUUAGCUUUAGGUCUUGAACGCAUCCAUUCAAAGAAUUUAAUUCACGGAGACAUAAAACCAGAAAACGUCCUUAUUUCGGUGGGAUCUGCUGAGCAAGAUGAGAUAACUCUCAAAUGGGCAUAUUUUGGACUGACGAGACAUGCCGAUGAACGAGGAACAGAGACGAUAAAUCAAACAAGGGAUAACAACGCAUGGUUAGCGCCUGAGGUACUGUUGCUUAAGCUGAGCGGCAAUUCACAAGAAAACAAGUAUCAAAGUACCGUAAAAAGCGACAUCUUUGCACAAGGACUUGUUUUCGGUAGUCUAUGCUUAAAUGGCGAACACCUCUACGGUUCCAUGGAAAAUGAAAAUGAAAUUUCCGGCAAUAUAAUUCACAGAAAUCCCGUCAAUAUGCCAAAAAUGGAUCGCAAAUUACGUAACUGCUAUGAGGAUGAACUAUUUAAAAAGAUGUUGGAAAACGACCCUGCAAAAAGGAUGACAUCGAAGGAAGUUGUCGAUCAAUUGAAAUCCAUCAAGGAUAAGCUUGCUGGAAAAGAAAAAGAAUUGCUUCGAUUAUGUGGACGUGACACUCAGUUGGAUCUAACGGAGCAAAUCAAAAACUUAAUUCUUUUCGGAAUCAACUUAAAUGCAAAGGACAACGAUGGAAGUAAUGCGCUUCAUCUUUUGUGUCGCUACUAUUCAAGCUCAAAACUAAUCGACGCGAUUAAAAUCGUAAUCCAAAGCGGAAUCAACGUGAAUGCAAAGGACAAGUGCGGACGGAACGCACUUCAUUAUUUGUGUCGAUUCAAUUUAAGCUCAAACUUAAUCGACGCAAUCCAAAACUUGAUUCUAGCCGGAAUCAACGUGAACGAAAAAGGCAACAAUGGAUGGAAUGCACUUCAUUAUUUGUGUUUUUUCCAUUCAAGCCCCAAAUUAUUGAACGCAAUUGAAAGCUUGAUCAAGCACGGCAUCAACUUGAACGCAGAGGUCGAGGAUGGACAGAAUGCGCUCCAUCUUUUGUGUCAGGUAAGUGAUGGAAGCCCAAACUUUGUCGACGUUAUUCAACUCUUGAUUCAACACGGCAUCGACACGAACGCGAAAAAUAAAAAUGGAUGCAAUGCGCUCCAUUUUUUGUGUAGAAACAAUCAAAACCCAAACUUAGUAGAUGCAAUUAAACUCUUGAUUCAACUCGGCGUCGACGUGAACGCGAAGGAUGACAAUGGACGAAACGGACUCGAUUAUUUGAAUUUUAAUCAUUCACACCCAUAUUUAGGUGUUGCAUUGUAUCGACAUACAUGCAACGACGCAAUUCGAAUCCUAAAGAAUGCAAUUAUUACUAAUAGUUCUAAACGGGAAUGUGGAGAAGAGGAAGUUGAAAACGUUAAGGUAAAAUCGGUUCUACCGAGUAAAAACGAAGUAGGCUCAUCAACUCACAACAGUAAAGACGUGAACACAACCGGCAAGGGUGAAAGGAAUGCACUUCAUUUUUUGUGUCAACAUCAUUCAAAGCCAAGCCUAAUCAAUGAAAUUAAACGCUUGAUUGAACAAGGAUACAACGCGAAUGCAAAGGACAAGGACGGAUGGAAUGCGCUCCAUUAUUUGUGUGGAUACAAUUCAAGUUCAAACUUAAUGGACGCAAUUCAAAUCUUAAACCAACAGAGAAUCGACGUGAAUGAAAAGACAAACGAUGGAUGGAAUGCGCUCCAUUUUUUGUGUCAAAACAAUUCCAGCGCAUACUUGAGGGACGCAAUUAAACUCUUAAUCCAACAAGGAAUCGACGUGAAUGCAAAGGACAAGGAUGGACGGAACGCGCUUCAUUAUUUAUGUCGACACAAUUCAAGCACAAAUUUAAGGGACGCAAUUCAAAUUUUAUUCCAAUACGGAAUCGAUGUGAACGAAAAGGACAAUGAUGGAUGGAAUGCGCUCAAUUUCUUAGUUAGAAAUAGCAUGGAUAAAUACUUGAAAUCGGACGUCUUUAGAUUUUUAAUCCGACACGGGGUUCAGGUGCAUAAUGAAAAUGAUGAGGCGAGUGCCAAGACGUUCAAGAAGUUGUUUCAAGACUUCUUCAAAGAAAACGAAAAUAAUGGAAAAAAAUGUUUUGACUUUCUGGUAGAGGAAAAAAUCCGUCUGGGAUGGCACGACGCAUGUGAACAUUGCCAACAAAUACUGUCGAUUGAGGAAAGUCCCCGAGCAAGAUUAUGGCACCACCAAAUGUUUAGCAGCUGCUACCUAGUGUUUGAUUCUCUCAUGGAAGAAUUAGAAAAAUGGGCAAAAUCCUCAAUCAAUAAAUUUGGAGAAUCAGAGCUAGAUAUAAAAAACCCAACAGAAUGGCUACGUGGAAUAGCAGAAGAGUACCAGCAAAAUACAACUGACAAAAGCUACAAAGAGGACUUUGAAGUAAUGGCUGAUGUCAGUGAACAAGUCAAAGACGGAAACAACUCGAGUCAUUUUAACUGUGACAACUACGAACGCUAUUUGAGAUCCAUGUAUUCGAUCGCAGAAAUGACUGACUCAAAAGAGUCUAUGGGACAUAUAAAAUGGUGUUAUCUUUUACCUUUUGAUUAUCCUAUUGACUAUAGCAAUGAUAAGACAUCAAUCAAGCAAGCGAAAAUCGAAUGGGACAAAACGCUUUUUAGCUGGGCUCACAGGGAAACUGACAAAGAUUACGGAAAGUUUAUGACAGAGGAUGCGAACGACGGCUUCUUUUUGCCGAAAGAGUUCAAAUACAAGUGUCAUGGCGAGCUUUAAUAUAAUGUCUUUUUGGGGUGUAAAUUUAGAAAUAGAGUUCAUGUUUUGUUUAGAAUAACCACAUUUUAUCUCUCUCUAGUUUGUAGGUUUUUUCCCCUUAUGUAAAGGUUUGAAACACACUUGGUUUGUGUAGUAAAAUACACUGUUUAAAAGGCA